GCUUCCGCCGCGUCGGCCGGCGUGUUUCUCGGGCCCUGGUUCCUGUCCGCCUCUCGGCGCUAUGUCCGGCGGCCUACUGAAGGCGCUGAGCAGCGACUCCUACGUGGAGCUCAGCCAGUACCGCGACCAGCAUUUCCGGGGGGACAAUGAAGAACAAGAAAAACUACUGAAGAAAAGCUGUACAUUAUAUGUUGGAAAUCUUUCCUUUUACACAACUGAAGAACAAAUUUAUGAGCUCUUCAGCAAAAGUGGUGACAUAAAGAAGAUCAUUAUGGGCCUGGAUAAAGUGAAAAAAACAGCAUGUGGAUUUUGUUUUGUAGAAUACUAUUCAAGAGCAGAUGCAGAAAAUGCUAUGCGCUACAUAAAUGGAACUCGUCUGGAUGACCGGAUAAUUCGCACAGACUGGGAUGCAGGCUUUAAGGAGGGCAGGCAGUAUGGACGUGGGCGAUCUGGGGGCCAGGUUCGAGAUGAGUAUCGGAAGGAUUAUGAUGCUGGAAGAGGCGGCUAUGGAAAACUGGCACAAAACCAGUGAGUGGUGAGAGCCUCAUCUAUGCACAACUCUAUCCUUUGGCCUGUUGAAUUUGCUGAAGAACAUUAGCCAAGGUCUGAUCAGUGUUUACUGAGCUAGUAGCUCCUUCAUGGUUUUCUUCUGAAACAGUAAAAAGGACAGAAUUCCAGACCAGUGCUUUUAAUUCUAGUCUUAGAAUUCUGGACAUGUGUCAGGCCAUCAGAAUGGUUUUGUUACCAGCUCAGAAAUUGUGUUCCUUAGCAACAAAUUUGAUCUAUAACUUUGACUAACUUAUCAAAAUACAUAUCCUUUUUUUUUUGGCAGAUUAGGUAAGGGCAAAAACUUGUUUUACUAUGCUUGAGUCUAAGAAGGUUCAUGAUUUUCAUGGGGCCUGUAUUUAAUUUUAAAUUGAAAACAAUUUUUAAAACACAUAAAUUAAAAGGCAUGAGAUACGUGUAAUAGGAGUUGAAAGAGAGGUUUUGCCUAGGAAGCAUGAGAUCCUGAUAUCUUCUAUCCCUAGAAAGCUUACUAAACAGGGUUUUGUUAUGUUGUAUAGGUCUGCUCUAAGUUAGGAACAGGUGCUUGACAACUGGUUUUGUUUUCUAGGUUGAAUUCUAAUCUCUAAAGGCAAACUUGGAGGUUAAAGACCUUUACAAAUAGUUUGCUUUUAAAAAAGCAAGACUUUUUUCAAAAGGUCUUGAGGAUACUGCUUGCUUUACCUCUCAGAAAAUUAGGUGCAGGACUUGGAGAAUAAAAAGAUGUAAAUGCUUUACCUAAAGAAAAAGUGUUUAUUGUAAUACAGAGAACCUCAGGUACCCUAAAUAAAAUAAAAUAAAAUAAAGGUGCACUGGCAAUAGGAAAUGGAGUGAAAUAGCAAGAGAUCACCAGAUGAGAGGUAAAACAUUACUUUGACAUGACAUUGCUGCCAGGGCCAUCAACUUUACUCUUUCCAUUUCCAGAAUGAUCGUGGAAACAUCAUUCAAUUGUAUUUUUUUUUUUCAUUGUUUUGCAGUACUGGGGGUGGAACUUAGGGCAAGUGCUGUACUAAUUGAGCCCUCGAAUGGGUUUUAAAUGUUUGAGAAUUUAAGAGAAUGCUUAACAAAAGCAUCCAGAGAUGCUUCCUGCAGGAAGUGUCUAUAUCAGCCAAUUCUCAGGUUAACGUCUGCAUUCAUAUUUUUCCCAAUUAGUGCUACUGAGGUUCAACUCUUAAUAGUGAGCUGCUGGUCGUUUGUACAGAGUGGAGUCUAGUGAAUUUAUUUUCCAUUUGUAAGGCAAGAGGUAGUUUGUCUCUAAUGUGAAAAAAAAAAAAAUUUUCAUCCAGCAAUGAAGAAUCUUCUAACUUCCACUAGUUUGUAAAGAUUUGGGCUGAAGUUCUUCAGUGUGAACAUCUUUCAUGUUUAUAGUAAGUGAAUUUUUUAAAAUUUAAAACUGCUUGAUUUUUCUAAAGAGCUGUAACAACAUUCAGUGAAGAUACACUUUGUUUUAAAGUUUAUUUUUACACUGUAGUUUGGAUUAAUGUAUUUUAUACUUUGUAGUAAAAUGUAACUCAGAUUUCUACAGGCCUUGAAACCCAGACAGUGGUUCUUACUUGAUUGUGUCUUCUGUAACAGGUUUCAAUAAAGUUGGACCAAUUACUCUC